CAACAAGCAAAGGGCCUGUCUGAUAUUGCAUAUCAAAACAAACCUUCGGAAGUGGAGGAGAACGUGUUGAAGUUAAUUAAGAAAAGGCCUAGAAAAUAGUUACACCAAUAAAAACAGAAAAAAGGCUCGUGGGAGAACAUGUCGCAUAACAGUUUUGUCUUCACCUCCACGGCAUUGCGCUCUUUUCGGCUAGAAGAGGACCUGCUGGAGAGGCAGAAACUCAAAAAAAGACUCACAGCCCCACUGGUUAACGGCUAUCUCCUGAGAAAGGAGGGCAGACAACAGGAGAAGACAGGCCCAACAGAACCACCAACAGUAUGCCGUGAUCUGGUGGUCCAUAAUGCACUUUUCACAGGGGAUCUGGAGACCCUACAGCAGCUCUUUCCCAAAGGAAGUUCAGUGAACUUCAUAAUUGAGUCACGGGGGGAGGACCUGCGCUGGGUCAGCAGGAAUCUUGGUAUUUGGUCUCUGACAUAUGAGCAGGAGUUGACAACACCGUUGCACAUCACCGCAGGCCGUGGAUACACCGAGUGUCUUAAGCAUCUACUGAUGAGAGGCGCCGAAGUGGACAUGGCCCCAGGAGGGAAGACUGCCCUACACGAAGCAUGUGAAAACAGCACUACCGAGUGUGCCAGGCUGCUACUAGCAUACGGAGGCAGUGCUAACAGUGUUACUGAGGAUGGCUUUAUGCCUCUCCACCUGUGUACCGACCCAGAGUCCCUCCAGUGUGCCAAACUCCUGCUUCAGUUUGGGGCCUCUGUUAAUGGACGAAGCCUGGAGGAAGAUGACACUCCCCUGCACCUGGCGGCUCGUUAUGGCCUUCCUGGGCACAUAGACUUGUACUUAAGAUACGGAGCAGCCAUUGAGAGAAAAAACAAGGAGGGGCAAACACCACUCAACGCAGCUUGCUCACAGCCGCAGAGCGCUAGCGAGCUGGAGCAAUACUACGAAGUCUGCAAGCUGCUGGUCAGUGCAGGGGCUGACAUUCAUACCUGUGACCAGGAUCGGCAGACCCCUUUGCACAUGGCCUGCAAGUAUGCCAACCCCAGUGUGGUGGACCUGCUGCUGCAGAACAGGGCCAAUGUCAACAUCAUGAGCUACAGUGGCAAUGCACCCAUGCACAACAUUCUGAAAGGUGUGGCCUACAAACUGGACCACCAUCCAGAGCGCAUUGUCCGUUCACUUCUUAAUUAUGGCUCUAUCCGUGUUUGGCCUGGGGCACUUCCUAAGGUUCUCAAAUACUGCUGUACUUCUCCAAAAACCAUUGAGGUCCUGCUAAAUACCUAUGACCGCCUCAAAAUCACAGACUCAUGGACUGAGGCUGUUCCUCCUGAAGUUUUUGAGGAACAUUCUUACUUUUAUGAGUCUCUGUUUUCCCUGGCCAAUACACCUCGCUCUCUUCAGCAUUUGGCACGGUGCAAGUUGAGGAACCUUCUGGAGAAGAAGCUGCGCCUGGUGGUCUCCGAACUUGGCCUUCCCACUUUCUUACAGAACUACCUACUGCUGGAUUUCAGGGGUUAUCUUCAUUGAGAACCUAUUGCAACAAUUCCCUUAAAGCACACAAGUACUUGCCAUAGAAAUGUCACUCCUACAUAUGUGUGGUGCAGUAGCCACAUAAUACUUUUAGAUUCUGCAAUAUUGUAAAUACUCAGCUAAGGUAUGUUUAUAGCAAUUAUCGUAACUAAAUAACCAUAAUAAGUGUACAGAUACCUUCAUAUCUUGAUGAACCUUUAGCACUUAAUGCUGACUGCUGUUAUGAAUCAAUUUAAAAAUGAUUUUCUUUGGAAAUAUGAGUAGUUAAUAUAAAGUUCGUGAUAUUGAGAUUAUGCUGUGUUUUGGAUCUUAAAAGGCUUUUUAGUCUUGCUAAAAGAUUGACUUGAAGGCUAUAAGAGCUCUUCUGUGGGAGGAUCUGUGAUCUCUUGGUGGAAACUGGGUAGCUUUAGGUCUACAAGGAAAUGAAUGAACUGCAGAUGUAUUUGUAUCAGCUUUUAUUAAAAAAAAGGCUAAAUUUUCCCUCUUGAAAGGGUCGGUUCUAUAAAAUCAUGAUGGACCCCAAUGCAUAAUUCAGAUUUUUUUUCUUUUUGAUUUUUAAUUUUAAAAAUAAUAAUUGAAGGAGCUGUUUUGAAGUUAAAUAAAUUUCUGCAUGAUUUUGUUCCAUAUUUGCAAUUUUUUCUUACAUUGUCUAGUCCAUUUUAAUUUAGUUUCAUAAAUUGCUUCUGAU